AUGCCUCCGCCCGAGUCCCGCCCCCUUCUUAUGCCUCAGAACCGCAAGCUUCGUCAUCUUCGAGGCAUCUACCUCCGAAACCUCAGCUUCAUCCGCCCCCGAGGCCAUACCAUCGACGAUACUGCUCUAAACAAGACAUCCUCGAAGCUCGAAUCCCUCCGGGACACACCCCAGCUCCAACAUGCUCUCUCCAGCGACAAUCUGCGACCCAAAGCUCCGCGCCGCCGCAGCACUGCCCUCGCCCAAGCUACUCCAGUAACGCGACAGCGCAUGCUACAGUUGACCAUCGAUGGUAGAGCCGCCGAUGUCUUCUUCUCGCUGCAUUGCGAGGGCGAGGAUGAGCCAGUUUACAUCAGCGAAAUGCAGGAGCAUGCGACGAACUUCAACUUCCAAUUCUUCGAUCUCAACCACCACGGCCCCUCCGUCACUCGCUCUCCGGUAUUGACGAUCAAGAUCUGGGCGAAGCGAACAGCAUGGACCCUCCUGCUUCAUGAUACAGUCGAUCUUCGAAGCUUGCAUUUCAUCGGCAGCCUUCAGAAUCGCAAGUUCCCACCCAACGGCCUCAUCUUCCACCUUGCCGACGGUAUAUACUCGCUCGAUGUCCCGGCCAAGCCUACACACCCGAAGGAGAUGCCGCCCCUUCACACAUCUUCUUACAACGCCCUGAUGAAGCUCGCGACCCUGGAUAACUCGAUCCAGGACGCUAUUGUGACACAGGAGCAGCUCACAUGCCAGAUCAACGACCUACUCGACAAAACCGCGCACAACGAGACACCAGCCGCUGAGGAGAAGGUGAAGCUGGCCAACAAAUAUGUGGCGCAAGAGUUGCGCUCUUUGAAGGCAGCCGAAAAGCGGCGAGAGGAGCUACGUGAAUCUCUCAGGUCGCGCCGAGAGGCCAUUGCCCAAGGCCGCGCUCUCCAAGACAAGCUCGCAAAGGACAUUGUGGACGCAACAGAGCACCUGUCAGCAUCCAAGGAAGUUCUCGCCAAGACCAAGGAGACGAUUCGCGGCCAGCGACGCCGCAUUUGUGCCGACCUCGGUAACAUCUACCAGAUCACGCCCUGUCCUAGUGGCACUCCCCUCUCUUUCCAAAUCUCUGGCCUUCCCCUUCCGAACACAAGUUAUGAUAGCGCCACUUCGCGCGGACCUGACGACGAUCUUUUGUCCGCAGCGCUGGGACAUGUUGCUGCUCUGACGAAUGCGCUGCAAUAUUACCUCUCUGUACCGCUCCCAUACCCAAUCACCCCUUUCGGUUCGCGAUCCUACAUUCGCGACGAUAUCUCUCUGCUCACCGACCUGAACUCGGUGCAGGCGGCUCGACAGCGUGAUUUCCCCUUGUACCUCCCGCGAGGUGGCUCGACCGCGGCCCAGUAUCGAUUUGACUACGGCUGGUUCAUUCUCAACAAGAACAUCGAGGCCCUCUGUGCAAGCCAAGGAUUGAAAGUCGUCGAUAUCCGCCACACGCUGCCGAACCUUAAGUAUCUUUUGUAUGUGAGCAGCGCCGGUACCGAAGAAGUUCCUGAGCGCAAGCGUGGCGGCGUCCGUGGCCUCUGGGCAGGACGGUUCAAGGGUCGCAUCCCUUCGUCGGUAGCAGGCGUUGGCGAUGGAGACUCGAGCAGCGUCGGUGGCAGUCGCCGUGGUAGUACCGACAGUGAGGUGCUCAGCCGGCAGCGCGAUGAGCUCCGGAAGGCCAUGACGGUUCGUGAUGGGGCGAAUUCCCCGGUCGACUACAACUUCAGUCACGGCAAUGGUGGAUCUGCGGGCCUGCCGUUCGACGAGUUCAAAGUCUCAUUGAGAACCAAGGGCAUGAGAGAGAAUGCUGGAAACUGA